GGAACGAAAGAUUUGUGUGUAUCUGUGCAAUUACUGACUUCCACCCUUUAUUAAAAUUCCCUGAUUUUUCCCCUCCUCGCUUCCCUUCAGUCCGAACCCUGUCUUGUAUAUAAUCACAUCUCCGCACCCUUCUCUCUGACCCUCUACGUUACAUCCCCAAAAACCCUCCUCUGUAUACCGUCCAGGAAUUGACUGUUUACAAAUUCUGAGGUUACCAUUGGUUAUUCAAGUAAGGGCAGUCAAGAGUUGCGUUUCAGGAUUGUAGGGGUUCUGUUUAAAAGCAGUGAGAGUGCCUCCAAGUGUUGAAGAGCCACAAUGAGUAGAUCAGAAGCCAAAGUGACUGAAGGGGGACUCAACGUCACUCUUACAAUCCGCCUACUUAUGCAUGGAAAGGAAGUUGGAAGCAUUAUUGGAAAGAAAGGAGAAACGGUAAAAAAUAUGAGAGAGGAGAGUGGUGCAAGAAUCAAUAUUUCAGAGGGAUCCUGUCCUGAACGUAUUGUAACAAUAACAGGCCCGACGGAUGCCAUUUUCAAAGCUUUUUCAAUGAUAGCACAUAAAUUUGAAGAGGACAUAAAUGCUUCAAUGACAAACAGUACAGUGACAAGUAAACCGCCUGUGACACUACGUCUAGUUGUUCCUGCAAGUCAAUGUGGCUCUCUCAUAGGAAAAGGAGGCUCAAAGAUCAAAGAAAUCCGUGAGACUACAGGGGCCCAGGUGCAGGUAGCAGGUGAUAUGCUCCCAAACUCCACUGAACGUGCAGUUACUAUUUCUGGCACACCAGAUGCCAUCAUUCAGUGUGUAAAACAGAUCUGUGUGGUGAUGCUGGAGUCCCCACCCAAAGGCGCCACUAUUCCCUACCGCCCAAAGCCUGCCUCUGCACCCGUCAUUUUUGCAGGUGGCCAGGUAAGAGCAGACACCAUUUUGGCUUCCGCAGGAAACCACAGCGUCUUGGCCCACCAACAGCCAGCACCUGCAUACACCAUUCAGGGACAGUAUGCAAUUCCUCAUCCAGACUUGACCAAGCUUCACCAGUUGGCUAUGCAGCAUACCCCCUUUACUCCCCUUGGGCAGACCACCCCUGGUUUCCCUGGAAUGGAUGGCUCUUCUCCAACCAGUUCCCAUGAACUUACUAUUCCAAAUGAUUUGAUAGGCUGCAUUAUUGGCCGACAAGGCAGUAAAAUAAAUGAAAUCAGGCAGAUGUCAGGAGCACAGAUCAAAAUUGCUAAUGCAGCAGAAGGUUCUGCAGAGCGACAAGUUACCAUUACAGGAUCGGCAAAUAUUAGCUUGGCACAAUACCUCAUAAAUGCAAGCUUAGAGAUGGCUAAAGUCAGCACCCAGACUGCUUCCGUCACGAACCCUGUUGACCUCAACAUGAACCUCUCUCAGUCUGCUACCCCUACCUCCACCCCCACCUCUGUGGCUGUUUUGGCGGCAGCGGCAGCUGCCUCCGCGGUUAAUGUGAAUACCUCUCCCCCUUUACCGACCACCCACUAUGCCGUUCCUGUCUCCAGUCUGCUUGGCAUGAAAACUGUCCCACUCCUGGCACUUAAUGCCGCGGCGGCUGCGGGGGCCUCGGGGAAUUUAUCUGCUUACACUGCCAAAAUUCCUUCGACGAGUGGGGUUAAGAAAUCUGACCGGCAGAAGUUUGCUCCGUAUUGAAGGGAUGUGAAUGCAGGUUUUCCAGUCUCUACCAAGAUCCUGUGGUAGAUAAUAGAUACUAAGGAAAGAAAACGAAAAAAAUUAAACUUUCUUAAUUUCUUAUGUAAUGUUGACACCUAAAAUUGUCUUCCACUUUCCAUUACUAUUAACAAUAUGAUGCAACUAGUUCCAACAGCCCACAGACCUCCUAUAUAAAAGGGACUAUGAAUCUGUCUUUUUAAAAAGCUGAGAUAAGAUGAUUAUGGCUUUUUAGUGGGAGAUUAUUCUGAUGGUACCCAGUGAUUCCACAACUGAAAUCUGAGGCAGGGAUAUUUCACAGAUUGCUCAGGAAUAGCAGAAUUGUCAUCAAUUCUAUCCCAACCUCACGACAGACAAGGGAACUGUUAGAACAAGGAAAAAGUUAAGAAGCUAUAAACAUGUCAUUUUGCAAGAAAGUGAUGUAAGGGAGGGUCAUAUGCAUGACCGAUAAAAUUCAAUAAAGUUGUUUUUAGUUAUUGAGAUGACAUUGCAGUCAGCCCGCAGUAUCUCGCUGAGAAGAGAAUUAAAACCAUAAUUGAAUCAGUGACCUGGGAGUGCAGUAUUGAGUGCUCGCUGUACAAUCCGAAAGACAUAUAUUGAAGUCCUGAACUGCCUUCGACUCAAAUCUGCCUGCCUGGUUGGGAUUUGUUUUGUUAUUUAGCUUUUAGCCUGACCGCUGGAUGGAGAACCUUACAACGGCAAAGCUUUUCACUGGGGGAAAGGGAGACUAUCAUGUACAGUAUGUCUCAUAAAAGCACCAUAGCAG